AUGUUGUUUGUUUCGUCUGCAAGACAAAUCCUGACUCCCUGCGUCUGCGGCAUCUGCAUCAACGCCAACUCGGCCGGCUUCCAGACCUUGCGCCUUGACCAGUCCCGACUCUACAAUGACCAUCUGCUGCCAGCCGGCUUUGCCGCUUUCAGCGCCCAGCCCUACAACUAUCAAGUCUCCGGAUGCGGCUCCACGAUGCGUCACUGA